AUGGCCAUCGGCACCCUGAAUCUGGUGGACCUGGCGGGCAGCGAGCGCAUUGAGAAGAGUGGUAGUGCGGACAGCAAGGCGCCGACACGUGAGGCGCUCAACAUCAACAAGUCUCUGCUGUGCCUGGGCAACGUGGUGCACGCACUGGCCCAGAGGGCAGAGGGCCGCAAAGUGCACAUCCCCUACAGAGACUCCAAGCUGACGCGGCUGCUGGAGGAUGCCCUGGGCGGCAACACGCGCACGGCUAUUGUGGCAUGCGCGACGCCCCUGCCUGGCUUUCACCUCGAGCAGACACGAGUGACGCUGGAGUUUGCAGCCCGCGCGGCGCACAUCGUCUGCUCGCCACAACGCAACAUGGUGGCGUUGGAGGCGCCGGCAGACUCGAUGCAGCAGGUAAUGGCGAUGCACGGGGAGCUGGAGCGCCUGCGGCAAGCUCUGACUGUACAAACCGCUGAGUGUGAGGCGCUCAAGGCCCAGCUGUCCGUGGACAUAGGCUCCAUGGGAAUGCUCAACCGGCUGCAUGCACGGCUGACAUUCAAGCGCAGCAGCGGCAGUGGCAGCGGCAGCUGCAGCGGCAUGUAUGACGCAGCAGCUCCAAGAACGGCUUUUGCUGCAGAGCGGACAACUUCAGAGGGUGGUGGCGAGGCGCUCAACAGUGGUUGCAGCGGCACGGACAGCGUCGGGUCAACCUUUGUUUUGCGGCAAGUGCAGCCUGGCAGCCGUGGCAACGGAUCCAGUAUUCCCUUGACCACACACACUCAACAAGACGAUGCCAUUAAGGUGCACACGGGGGCGCCCGUUGCCGGCCGGGUCGGCCUGGCCAACCAGGUGGGCCACGUGUGGCGGCGUUUCACAACACCAGGCAGCAUGCCUGAGCUCGACGUCAUCGACGAGGAUGAUGGAGAGGGUGCGUCGCUGGUGAGGAAGCGGCAUUGCAGGGCAUCCAAGAGUGAAGGCGGAGUAGGGCUGUUGUCCAGCGCUGGCGCACAGGCGGCGCUGCAGGUGGCGAAAAGCGCGUCACUGCUUGAACACAUCAUCCGGCAGCUAGUGCGGCUAGUUCAGCAGAAGAGGGGCGAGGUACAGCAGCAGAAGCAGCAGGAAGCCGGGUUGAGGGCGCAGGUAGCGGCAGCACAUUUGCAGCUGAAUGCACAGGAGGCAAGGCAUCAGUUGAUGGUAAAGGGUGUCGCAAGGCUGGUGGCCGCCAGGCAAGAGGAGUUUGGGCAGUGGAGCAGCAGCUUAAAGGGUCUUGAGGUGGGUCUGCUGGAGGCGCAGAGCGAGUCGCAGGCAUAUCGCGACCAUGCGCUGGCGCUGCACGACCAGCUGACAGAGGCCAAGGAACGGUGUCAGGAGCAGGUGGAGCAGCUGUGUGCCACAAGCCAGGCGUCACUGCAGGCAGUCGAGGCCCUGCAGGGUGUGCAGGCAACGGGCUCUUUGACAGCAUGCCUAGAGGUGCUGACGGGCAUACGCCAAAUGCUUCAAGGGACUCUCCAGCUGUCCUGCAGCAACACCACCUGCCCUUCUGGCAAAGACUGCAGUCUGGAUUGGCCGGAGCAGCAGCAGCAGGAGCAGCAGCAGCACGAGCAGCAGGAGCAGCAGCAGCAGCAGCAGCAGCAGCAGCAGCAGCAGCAAGCGGCAAUCCUGGCGCAGCAGCUCUUUCGUCUCGAGGCAAUUCUGGCGGAGCACCAGAGCCUGCACAGCGGAGAGCUGACAACAGAGGAGGUGACUGACCUGCAGGCGCUGGUCAGUGAGCAGGACAGCCAGCUGCAAGCAAGCAGCAACACCAUCGCCGCUUUGCGCACCAAAGUGGCCAACGUGCGCACGCGGGCAGCAGAUCUACAGGCAAGGCUGGCGAGGCACCUGGGCAGCGGCCAGGACAGGCGCAACAAGCUGCAGGUGCUGGCCAACAUGCCCCUGCAGGAGCUGCAUUACCAGAUCUUGAGCAGCUGGGCGACGCUAUCUGUGCCUCACGGCCUGCGUGCGGCUGUGGUGCUGCACCCAUCGUGGCAUGUGCAUACGCAAUGUACCGCCCAUGUGGGCCUGAUGGCGGGCCUGCGUGAUCUGUACGAGGCCAACCCGCCGUUGCGGGACCGUGCCGUGGAUCUGCUCCAGAAGGAGGAGAGCCACUUGGUCAUAGCUGGCAUUUCAGGCCUGUCUGACUGGUGA